UAAUAUAUUCUAUAUGCCAGACACGUUAAUACUCUUUAUUCUAUUUUUAUUCAUCAUAUCUCUCUCCUCUCUCGUUAAAUUCGAUUCUCUUUUCUCUCUCUUCUCACGGAUACCUUUCUUCUCUACCUUCCUUCUUCUAUAUUCUCACAAACAUGAAACAACUACUCUGCUCUCCCUCCGAUGGUGUUGUUUAUGGUGACCGUGGAUGGUAGUGGUGGUGACGGUGGCGGUGGAUCGUGGUGGCUAACCUCCAUCUUUCCCGUUUUGAGAUCUCCAUCUUUUCGUUGUUCAUCCAAAUACUUGCCUCAAACUCAUUUUCGCACCGAUUAAACUCCUAUCUCUUCAUUUUUGGAUGAUUUUUGGUGGUGCUUGGUGGUGGUGGUGGUGGUGGUGAGCUAUCGGUGUUAGCGGUGGGUUGUGGGUCUAUUCAGAUUUGAUUGCUGGGCUGUGGGCGGUGACUGUAGAUUGGCUUUGAUGGGUUGAUUUGUGUUUGACCUAUUGGAUUUAACUGAUUUUAGUUUUGAGAGGAAGAAAAACUAACCCUCUCCCUAACCCUUUCAAUCUCUCUAAUCUAAACUCUUAGCCAUCUCUUUUGUUUUAUAUCAAUGGAGUCUCUUUUUCCUUUUCAAUCGAAACCCAAUACUAGGGCGGGUCAGUCUGUCGUUUUGGUUUGUAAAUCGAAACCAAAUCCUAUAGAGGCGGAGGCUGAGUGGGAGUUGGAGGAGGAGCUGCUGAAAAGUUGGGGGAAGGUAGAUGUUGUUGAUGGUGAGUUUGACGUCGCUUUCUGUACAACAAGCGAGUUGGAUGAAGCAAUGGUUUUUACGAUCAAGAUCCCAGACCCCGAAGCCUGUCCACCUCUUCCAUACUUUAUUGAUCAACGUCCACGUCCACCUCCUCCUCCUCCUUCAAUACUGAACCAUAUUAAGGGAGUGAAGAAAAAGAAAAUCACCACCAACAACAACAGCAGCUUCAGCUUCACCCCAAAGAAGAUCAGUCCGGUUUCCAAAGUCGCCGAAGAAGGGCCGCCGGGGCCUUACCCCUCUCGCUACUACGCUAUGUUAGACGACCAUCUGUAUUCUGUUGGUGGCCCUGACCCUCAUUUCUCAGCUUCAACUAUUACAGAUGUCUACAAAAAUUACACACUUUCAAGUGACAACCCUCUCAACAUAGUCAGCUCUAUCCCCACUACCGACGUCUGGAUGCUCAACCUUAAAUGUCCUGGCAAGGGUUGGGAACGUGCUCCAUCCAUGAAAUAUCGUAGACAAAACCCUCAGACCAUUGUUGUUGAUGGUAAGCUCUAUGUUUUUGGCGGCGGUUUGGGUUGGUUGCAACCCAAAGAUACUUUCUCUGGCUGGAUGGAGGUUUAUGACCCCAAACUGCGUACCUGGGAAACCUUGCCGAAUCCCCCAACUUAUAGCAAGAUCGGUAUGGAUGUCAUUUUCGCACACUUGAAUUUUAAAGGCGAGAAGCAGAUCAUAAUAAAUGGGCCGCCGGUACUUGAACGAGAUUCUAAUGAGAAAGGUCAUUACAUUGCUUAUGAUGUGGAAUCUCGUUCUUGGAAUCAUAGGUUUAAUGAGGCUCACCUUUCAUGGGCAGAAGAAGUUCAAUGUAAAAGAGCGCAAGUUGUUUCUACUACUCUUUAUUGGACUACCCUUCUAACUGAGUACACUGAUAUGAUAUUUAUCUACGGAUAUAAUGCGUAUUCGAGAGGGUGGACUCGGAGAAAGGUCAAUAUUAGAUCGAUUUUAAUUGAGGGUGAAGAUUUCCUUCCAACCGGUCCUGGUUUUCUCCACUUAGCUGAUUUUAAAUUCUGCAUUCUGUUGUUUUCCUACCGCAGACCUCAUUAUUAUCUUAAUUGUCUCAUAUUUGACCUCUAUGGUGAAGCGAGUAACACAUCCAUUCUUUCCGUUCAGAAAUACUUGUUGGAUUCCUGUUUACAAUUUCUGGACUGCAUGAUUGUUGGCAAAUCACACAGCAAUGGUCCGUCCCGUUCUACAUUUCGAAUUGGGGAGUUCUGGUUUCCUAAGGAUUGAGUAUACAGGUAUUCUUUA